UCAAGAUUUACAUAAUCGCAUUGCCAUAGCUACCGACCGUACAAACACCUUGGUCGACGUACAAUACAGUUACCUCUGCAGUACGGCAACCACAUUUGAAAUUAAGAUGAAUGUCAGAAGUUCACGAGUUUAUUCCGCUCCUGUACCAAAAAUGCCUCCUGGUCUAGUGGAGUUAAUGGAAGGACUUGCGAGAGAAGUUCUUAAAAAUAAUCCAACUGAAGUUUAUGAGUUUUGCGCUGAGCACAUGCACAAGUUAUUACAAAUUAGAGACGGCCCAACAACGAAAGUCACCCUAACGUUAAAACAAAAAAUAGCGAAAGCUACUACAAAAAUAAGGAAUAGAGAAGCUCAGCGACGUGAUGAGUUCGAUAAAAAAAUGCAGCUAUUACAAAAUGUUCAAAAUGACCAAUAUUUAAAUGACAAUAUGGUGCACAAAAAUGAUAUCGAGGCAGAGCAGUAUAUUCAAGAAAAUAUUGUAAAAAUUCCACAAAACCAUCUCACAAAUAACAUCGAACAUGAACUCAUUGUGGGGGCAACACAAGUUGCUAAUAUAAUAAAUAUUACAACAUCCGAUUUAAAACCAGAAGACAACAUUGAUCUAAUGAAUGAGUCACAAAACGUUAAGCUAUUUAAUUCUGACCUUGAUAAAAUGACCAAAAUAGAAGAAGAGUCUUCCGAAAUCAAACUAAAUGAAGGGAUUGAUGAUAACGGCACUGAAGAAAAAUGUUUCGAAAAUAAUGAUAAAUUGACAAUAUGCGUAGAUGAUCAAAAUGAACGAAAAGUUUUAAAAGGUAAUACGAAUUUCGAUGAACAAACUGAUUUAAAUGCGUUUAAGCCAAAAAAUAUUGAAGGCAGUGACAUUAGAGUUGUAGAUGUAAACAACGUCAAUAAAAUACAUCUGAAUAUUUUGACAGACAAUACUGAAUCUGUUGGUAAAGAGACAAAUAAUGCGCUUAAUGGAAAUAAAAACUCUAGCACGGCAAUUAACUCAGUAGAACAUAAAGAUCUUAGUGGUAAUAAUGAUAAUAUCCCAAAGGAUAAACAUGAAGAGGAAGAAAACAAUUACAAGGUCGAAGAUAACUCUUUAGAAACGACAGAAGAAGAGAAAACAACUUCUAUUGACAAAAAAAAUAUAAGUAACGAUAUAAUAGUCAAAGAAAACAAUCUAAAAGGAAAUAGUGAUGAAAUCACUGAAACAGUAAAUAAACAAAAUCUUAAUACUAAUGUUAAAGUUUUUGUUGAACCUACCGAAGGCGAAUUAAAAAACAAAUAUGCCGAAUCACAUGGGCAUGUUAAUAAUAACUCAAUGGAUUUAGAGACAGCUGCAAUUACUAUACAGAAAGUAUUUAGAUCCUUUCUUUUCAGAAACAAAACUUCUAGUAUUGACGAUUCCGCCAAUAUUUAUAUGAAUUUGCUGAUUGAAGAUAAAGAAAAAAAGGAGGAUGAAGUUACGUCUAAUAACAAUAUAAUAAAAGAUCGAAGGUCUUUAGGGAUAAGUAGAAUGGAUACAGUACUACAAACAGUAAAUGAGGAAAAAUCCUUAUCCUUAUCUACUGAUGAUUCUUCUACUUUAUCGAGCGCCGCUACCAUAAUACAAGCCCAUGUAAGAGGUUUUUUAGUCAGAAACAAUUUUAAUCUUAACAAAACAGCAUCUAGUACUUCGGGAAUUGAUUCUGAUGCACAGUCUAUGACUUCCUUAGAAGGUGAUGUUGACUGUCGCAAAAACAAAACUGUUUUAAAUAUACACAUUGUCCCAGAAGGUGGUCAUUAUAUGAGUAGAGAUGAAAGUAUGCUCACCUCUAUCGAUUUGUCUUUAGAUGGAAGUCCUCCUAAUUCGACUAAUUUGCAUCCCCUAGGUUAUGAUAAAAGUGAAAGGCGAAAACAAUUAAAAAGAGAAGAUGCUAUUCAAUCAAUUUCACCUCCCAGUAAUAAUAGUGGAAAAUUAAGUGAGGAUGUAGAUUCGGUAAAGGAAGUUUUAAUAAAUAGUGAUAAUGAUAAUUUAAAAUGCGAACCUACAAAUGAUUAUGACCUACAUCCAUUGAAUAUCAAUGAAGUUCAUACACCAACACAUGUGUUAAACGAUGAUAAUAUUCCAACUAUGAUUAAUAAUGUUGGAACAGAAGCAAUUGAAAACAAUGAAGUUAAUUCGGAUAUUAAAUCGAAUCAACUUAAUUCUUUAUCUCUGAACUCUGAUGAAAUGGACGUGGUAACUCCGUUUGUUACUUUAGAUGAAACAGUAUCGUCGGAUCAUGUAGAAAAUGAUAUAAAAUUAAUUCAUUCUGGAGAAUGUCACGAUGUGGUUCUACCAACAAAGGUGUCCCGGAAUGACACAUCUGUCGUCCGUGAGUUCCAGAAUGUGGUGGUGUAUUUUUUAGUAUGGAAUAAUUCCUAAUUUCGAUAACAACUGUACUACGAUUUAUUAAAUUAUCUCACUAAUAAUUAUAUUUAUAUCUAAAUUGGCACUUAAUGUAAAACAUUUAAUACAUUUAUUAAAAUUUGUCAUU